GGCGGAGGGAGGAGCUAUCCGUCAGCGGUGGCACCCUGCUCUGCUCCGCUGUCAUCGCGGACUAAAGCGGUCUCUAGAUGGAUAUCACACCGAACAGCAGCCGGAGAGAGGAGAGAGAGGGUCUAUGGAACUUCACACGUUGGAGCGUUUCUGUGGAUGAACACAGUUUAAUCUGUAGACAAGGAUAAUAACCGUCUCGUCUAUCUUCCCGAAUAUUAGCCUAUUCUUCGGCUGCUCAAGUGAAAGCAGGUGUGUGAUGGAGCAGCUCCAGCUGGAGUAGCAUUGCUGGACAUCAUGUCACGCUGGGACACACAGAUCUGUGGAAACAGGAUACUACUGUGGUAGACUGGGGGAAGUCUUACUUCUAUGAUCAGCAGAUCACAUCCAGCUCCUUCAGCUGUCCUCCUGAAUUAGCUGCGGCUUCGUGUGCUAAGAUUAAUACACACUCCAAUGCAGUAGAGGAACAAGGCACUGUGAAGGAAGAGGAAAAUACUGCUUUGCCUUUGACGAACUCACAGUGAAAGGAGAAAAAGGACGGAAAAUUACUUUUCUUCAACGCUCCUUAGUGGUUGGUCCCUGGACAUCCAGAUGCCUUGUGUCCAUUGUCACGCCAGCGUGCGAGAUCGCCCCCUAGACUCCUUGACCCAGGAAAACAACCUUCUCCUCAGCAGCCUCCUCCCAUGUCUGAGUCUCACCAUGUAAUGCAGACAGAGAGGGGAGUUGAGAAUCUGUCUGCUACAGGAUAUGAGUAGUGAUCACUCUGCCACAGACGACGAGACCUGCCUGCAGGGAGGAGGAGGGGCAGGGGAGGAGCAGCAGAGAGCCAUGCAGCCUCAGUCUGAGGAACUCUUGACCAGGAAACUAAAGGCCCUGAACGGCAGCAUGGGGCCCCCAGCCCAGGGGACACAGCAGGGCAACAAGCCUGAUGGUGGUGGUGGUGGGGGGAAGACCAACGGGACAGGGGAGACAGGAGGGACAGGGACCACAGCCAUGCCCAAGAUGGGUAUCCGAGCCUGGGCUACAGACUGGCCUCCUGCCCCUCGGAGGGAUAUCUGUGAUGGAGGAUGCCAAAACUCCCCCAAAUACGAGAGCAUCGUCACAGCGUUCCAUAACGACCAACAGCCUCUCGAACAAUCAGGAGCGGCGAUACAGUCACAUGACCAGCCCCCUAUAGACUCUGACUACAGUGAAACUGUUGAGUCGGGGGAGGAUCCCAGGUACAGUCUGUCCGACCUAUUAGGACGCUCCCCUUUAAAGGGGGCGGGGCUCCAUCCCAUCCGCCAACGUUCCAACAGUGACGUCACCAUCAGUGAUAUCGACAGCGAGGACAUUAUAAUGGACGGUACAGCAGUGAACCCCAACACCGGCGCAGCUCUCCACCGGGAGUACGGCAGCACCUCCUCUAUCGACCGGCAGGGCCUGAGCGGGGACGGGUUCCAUACGCUGCUACGGGGUUACCGUAUCGACACCUUAGACCACACCCUCCACACCCUGACACACCCACAUCACUCCAUGCCCCGCCCACUGCUGGGCUUACCUGAGCUGCUGCAGCGCUAUGAUACCUCCCUCUCUCCCAGCCUGCAGACUGCCACCCAGAUCUCCAGAGGGGAGAUAGUGAGGAUGGCAGGGUACGACUACGUGGAUCCCUCCAUCUUCUACUCCAGAGAGAGAGAGAAGAACUUCAUGGGACGCCUGAAGUCUGACUCAUCUGAGACCUCUAUGUUCAGGAAGCUGAGGACCAUCAAGAGCGAAGGAGAUGGGUUCAGGCUGUCUCUGGAUCAGGAUGACAGGAGACCCCUCAGCUUCCAGAAGUGUUUUGCCCACUACGACGUGCAGAGUGUCCUGUUUAACAUCAGUGAGGCUGUGGCCAGUAGGGCCACUCUCAGCCAGAGGAAGAACACAACCACUGGGGCCUCGGCUGCUUCACAGUACCAACCUGGAGCCAGAGGGGGUAGUGGAGCUCCAGGUUUAGGAUCAGGACUUGGGCCGGGAGGUGGCCCGGGGACAGGGGUAGGCCUGGGAGCAGAGGGAGGGCAAGGCGGUGGUCUUAGUAGUGGACCUACCAGUACCUCCAUGUUUGAGUCUCCUCUGGGCUCCCGAGAGGACCUGAACCCCAAAGAGAACCUGGACCAGGACGAGGGCGACGGGAAGAACAACAGACUAGUCCUGGGGUGCCCCCACUUCCGUAAUGAGAUCGGUGGAGAAGGGGAGCGCAGAAUCAGUCUCUCCAGGGCUACCAACACCUCUUACAGCGGUGGAGGAGAGAGCUGCAGCUUCGAGUCCUCCCUCUCGUCCCACUGUACCAACGCUGGGGUGUCGGUGUUGGAGGUCCCUAGAGAGAACCAGCCUAUACACAGAGAGAAGGUGAAGAGAUACAUUAUAGAACAUAUUGAUCUGGGAGCAUUCUACUACCACAAGUUCUUCUAUGGGAAAGAACACCAGAACUACUUUGGAGUGGACGAGAACCUGGGUCCAGUAGCAGUCAGCAUCAGGAGAGAGAAGCUGGAUGAAGGGAAGGAGAAGGAAUGGAUGCAGUAUAACUACCGGGUCACCUUCAGGACCAGUCAGUUAACAACCCUACGUGGGGCAAUCCUGGAGGAUGCAGUCCCCUCCACGGCGAGACAUGGUACAGCCCGAGGCCUACCUCUAAAAGAGGUUCUGGAAUAUGUGAUGCCUGAACUCAACAUCCAUUGUCUCCGUCUGGCCCUCAACUCCCCUAAGGUCCCCGAGCAGCUCCUCAAACUAGAUGAACAAGGGUUGAGUUUCCAGCACAAGGUGGGGGUGCUGUACUGUAAGGCAGGCCAGAGUACAGAGGAGGAGAUGUACAACAACCAAUCAGCUGGUCCCGCCCUCGAUGAGUUCCUCGACCUAUUGGGACAGAGAGUGAAACUGAAGGGAUUCACCAAGUACAGAGCACAGCUCGACAACAGGACUGACUCAACAGGAACCUACUCCCUGUACACCACCUAUAAGGACUAUGAACUGAUGUUCCAUGUGUCAACCCUGCUCCCCUACACCCCCAACAACAGACAACAGCUCCUGAGGAAGAGGCACAUAGGGAACGACAUUGUGACCAUUGUGUUUCAGGAACCGGGGACUCUGCCCUUCACCCCUAAAAACAUCCGCUCACACUUCCAACACGUCUUUGUCAUCGUCAAGGUCCACAACCCCUGUACUGAGAACGUCUGCUACAGCGUUGCUGUCUCUCGUUCUAAAGACGUCCCUCUGUUCGGCCCUCCAAUCCCCAAGGCAGUGACCUUCCCCAAGUCCGCUGUGUUCCGAGACUUCCUAUUGGCCAAGGUCAUCAAUGGAGAGAACGCCGCCCACAAAUCUGAGAAGUUCCGUGCCAUGGCAACCAGAACGCGCCAGGAGUACCUCCGCGACCUGGCCGAGAACUUCGUGUCCACGGCGACCAUGGACUCGGCUGUGAAGUUCAGUUUCAUCACACUGGGAGCCAAGAAGAAAGAGAAGGCCAAACCUCGUAAAGACGCUCACCUGUUCUCUGUCGGCGCCAUCACCUGGUCCGUCACUGCACGGGACUUUGGCCAAUCAGCAGACGUGGACUGUCUCUUGGGCGUGUCCAACGAGUUCAUCAUUUUAAUAGAGGAGCAGUCUAAGAAUGUGGUCUUCAACUGUUCCUGUCGUGAUGUCAUCGGAUGGACAUCUGGGAUUAUUAGCAUCAAGAUCUUCUACGAGAGAGGAGAGUGUGUGCUGUUGUCUGCCCAAGAUGGCUGUGAAGAAGAUAUACGAGAAAUGGUGCAGAGACUAGAGAUAGUGACGCGUGGUUGUGAGACAUCUGAGAUGACACUGCGUCGGAACGCUCUGUGCCAGCUGGGUUUCCACGUCAACUUCGAGGGCAUCGUGGCCGACGUUGAGGCCUUCGGGUUCGCUUGGAAGGCGGGGCUUCGCCAGGGUAGCCGAUUGGUGGAGAUCUGUAAGGUUGCCGUAGCAACGCUGACCCACGAACAGAUGAUCGACCUGCUGAGAACCUCCGUCGCCGUCAAGGUGGUCAUCAUCCAGCCUCAUGACGAUGGAGCGCCACGCAGGGGAUGUUCUGAGCUGUACCGUAUCCCAAUGGUAGAGUAUAAAUUGGACAGUGAGGGGACGCCAUGUGAGUACAAGACCCCAUUUAGACGAAACACCACGUGGCACAGGGUACCCACGUCAGGAGGUCAGCCGUCCAAUCCCAACACCCGGUGCUCCCCCACCCAGAGACACCCCGACCGGGCAGGCAGAGACAGGAUGGGACAGCAGGUCCUUCAGCAGGGACAGACUGCUAUCCCACGAUCCACCUCCUUCGAUAGAAAGCUGCCAGAUGGAUCCAGGGCUGACUGUGAGAACCCUCAGGUGACCAUGUGUAAUAAGGGAGACCAGCACUACCGCAGUUCCCCUAGCAACCAGUCGUCGUCUAGUGACCCAGGACCCUGUGGAAGUGGAACCUGGUCUCAACCUCCUGGAUACGACGGGUCCUCGGUCCUCCAUGAGUGCUCCAGGGAGCUACAGGGGGGAGACAGAGAGGGGUACAGGGAAACCCUCAGAGAGCCCAACCUUGAGAGUACCCGGUUGGCAGAGGCCAAGUGGCACAUCCCCUCCACCAAGAUCCUCAACUCUCGGAAACAGAGGGAUGGGGGCAAGGAGUCGCCCAACAAGCAGAACCGGGGGGGAGAGAAGACAUCCAGUCACUCCAGCUGUAACACCCUCUCCUCCAACGCCUCCUCCAAUAACAGUGAUGAUAAACAAUUUGGCUCUGGAGAUCUGAUGGAUCCUGAGAUCCUGGGGUUGACGUACAUUAAAGGAGCCUCAACAGACAGCGGGAUCGACACCAACCCCUGUAUGGGGCCUGGGGGGAGGUUACUAUUGCAGGGGGGUUGUGGGGGUGAGGGGGGACACACCAAGGAUGGCUGCGAAGGAGAGGAUCAUGGGAAACUUUACCUGCCACAAGGAUAUGCAUCAGCGAUCAUGAGUGGUCACGUGACAGAGGGAAGCAUUGGGGACCUGAGUGAGAUCUCAUCACAUUCACACUCCUCCCACUCCAGUGGGUCCCACCACAGUGGCAGUCCCCUAGCGCGGGGAGCCCGGUACUGUGUAUCAGCUGACUCCUCCCGGGUCUACACAUUCCCUCAGACCAGCUCAGGGGCAGGCCCUGGGCAAGGGGCAGGGCUAGAAGCCAGUGGACAGACACGCCCACUUCCUGGUUCCAAACGCCUGAUGAAGACUGAAGACUCGCCCACUAACGAAGAGCCUAAACUGUUAGAGUGUGGGCAGUUGUACCUCCAGGAGGCAGCGUGUCACCAGGCAGCAGAUAGGGAGAGCGAGGCCAAGGCCCUGGAGAAGCUGUCUAAAGAAGAGUACUUAAAGAUAAUGCUGGAGGACAGUGGCCCAGGGGAGGACGGACAGAGGAAGAUGUCUGCGACGGGCAGCCUAUCACCACGGCGCUCCCUGUACCGUACCCUAUCAGACGAGAGUGUGUGUAGCAGCAACAGAAAGGGCUCGUCCUACGCCUCCUCCCAUAGCUCCAUGCUGGACCAGGCACUGCCCAAUGACAUCCUGUUCUCCACCACUCCACCCUAUCACGCCACCCUGCCACCACGCAUGCCAGGACAGGGGGGCUCCAACCUCAGGAAUGAGUUCUGGUUCUCUGAUGGUUCGCUGGCUGACAGGUCAAAGUUCAACGACCCUGGUCUCAUGCCCCUCCCUGACUCCGCCUCCGGACUCGACUGGUCACACCUGGUGGACGCUGCACGCACUUUCGAAGACCAGCGGGUGGCGUCUUUCUGCACCAUGACAGAUAUGCAGAGGGCCGAGGCGCUCCAAAUCUCACAGGAACUGACCAGACGCGUGGCUGCAGCUGAGGGGGCCGCCCUCGAGGCAGGGAACAACUCCCCCUCCACUCUGACUGGUAAAGUCAACCAACUGGAGGUGAUCCUGAGACAACUGCAGUAUGACCUCAGAAAGGAGAAGGAGGACAAGGUGUUGCUGCAGGUAGAGGUGCAGCACCUGAGACAAGACAACAUGAGACUACAGGAGGAGAGUCAGACAUCAGCCGCUCAACUCAGGAAGUUUACUGAAUGGUUCUUCCACACUAUUGACAAGAAACCCUGAAACUCUACUGGACUAUUAAUGCCCCUGGGGAACAAUUGAACUCUACUACCCCAGGGGGUAACAGAACUCUGAGGACUACUGCCAUACUACUGCACUGAGAGAGACCUACUGCCCAAGGAGCAAUGGAACCCUCUACUGCCACAUGGACAGAAUGCCACAUGGACAGAACAUUUCUACCAACUACAAACUCCCUGGGGCCCCAGGGACAAAAACAUAACUAUUCAAGGAAACCCUGUGCUGUGUGGGAGAGCCUGUCCUGGGGGACCCCUCUUUCUCUGUCCCCUGGGGACCCCUCUUUCUCUGUCCCCUGGGGAUCCCUCUGUCCUGGGGAACCCCUCUUUCUCUGUCCCCUGGGGAUCCCUCUUUCUCUGUCCCCUGGGGAACCCCUCUGUCCUGGGGAACCCCUCUUUCUCUGUCCCCUGGGGAACCCCUCUUUCUCUGUCCCCUGGGGAACCCCUCUUUCUCUGUCCCCUGGGGAACCCCUCUGUCCUGGGGAACCCCUCUUUCUCUGUCCCCUGAGGGACCUCACUUUCUCUGUCCCCUGGGGAACCCCUCUUUCUCUGUCCCCUGGGGAACCCCUCUUUCUCUGUCCCCUGGGGAACCCUCCGUCCUGGGGAACCCCUCUUUCUCUGUCCCCUGGGGAACCCCUUUGUCCUGGGGAACCCCUCUUUCUCUGUCCCCUGGGGAACCCCUUUGUCCUGGGGAACCCCUUUGUCCUGGGGAAUCCCUCUUUCUCUGUCCCCUGGGGAACCCCUCUUUCUCUGUCCCCUGGGGAACCCCUCUUUCUCUGUCCCCUGGGGAACCCUCCGUCCUGGGGAACCCCUCUUUCUCUGUCCCCUGGGGAACCCCUUUGUCCUGGGGAACCCCUCUUUCUCUGUCCCCUGGGGAACCCCUCUUUCUCUGUCCCCUGGGGAUCCCUCCGUCCUGGGGAACCCCUCUUUCUCUGUCCCCUGGGGAUCCCUCUUUCUCUGUCCCCUGGGGAUCCCCUUUGUCCUGGGGGAUCCCUCUUUCUCUGUCCCCUGGGGAUCCCUCUUUCUCUGUCCCCUGGGGAUCCCCUUUGUCCUGGGGAACCCCUCUUUCUCUGUCCCCUGGGGAACCCCUUUGUCCUGGGGAACCCCUCUUUCUCUGUCCCCUGGGGAUCCCCUUUGUCCUGGGGAACCCCUCUUUCUCUGUCCCCUGGGGAUCCCUCUUUCUCUGUCCCCUGGGGAACCCCUCUUUCUCUGUCCCCUGGGGAACCCCUUUGUCCCGGGGGAUCCCUCUUUCUCUGUCCCCUGGGGAACCCCUUUGUCCCGGGGGAUCCCUCUUUCUCUGUCCCCUGGGGAACCCCUCUUUCUCUGUCCCCUGGGGAACCCCUCUGUCCCCUGGGCAACCCCUUAAGAGGAAUCAACUUAUUGUCUGCUAUCGGCACCAGGAAUCAACUUAUUGUCUGCUAUCGGCACCAGGAAUCAACUUAUUGUCUGCUAUCGGCACCAGGAAUCAACUUAAUGUCUGUUCCUUUAUCUGCACCACGAGGCACCAAGAGGAAUCAACUUAAUGUCUGCUAUCUGCACCAGGAAUCAACAUGGUCUGCUAUCUGCACCAACCAUGUGGCAGACCUGGACUGUAAAGGCACAGUGGGAUUAAAGAAUGUAGCCCAACUGACCUGAGAAGUAUUUUUUACUGUCUGUUUCCUCAACGUUCCUAGAGUCACAAACACUUAGAAGCCAACCUGAUGUUUGAUCCAACAGCUUUGAUUUGAAAUAGUUAUGUUUAAUCUUUAUGUUCUUCAAUGUUGUAAUAUAGAAUCACGAAGGGGCAGUAGGGUUGAUGUUAAAAGGUGCUCUCCUGUUGUCGCUGUCGGAUGAAAACUUAUUUUCUCCACAACAGAACAUUUUCAGGAAAUGGGUAAAACUGGCAUAUUUUCCCAUUAACAAUUUACGAAACCUCCAAAGUUAAAAAAAAACUCAAAUCAAUUUCUUGUCCUAGACUCAUGAAGUGUUGAGAGUACACUACGGGGAGUUACUGCUUUCAAUUUCUGGAAACAAAUAAAUACAAAAUGGUAAAAUUGCAAAAUUGAGUUACAAGGUUUUCAUUCGACAGCAUUUCUAAAACCUAUUCUAUCACUAGUCUGUUUAUAUGCCGCUGUCAUCACGUCUUAGCAAUAACAAAGUAGUUGUUUUAGUGUGUUUUAAAAAGUUAGCAGCACAAAUGUAAGCAGUUCCUGUGGGGAGAAUGACGGUUGUAUUUGACAUGUGCUGAUAUCCUACAAGAGGCUGGGCCUGUGUGUUAAUAUAGGUGUAGAAUAGUAUGGGUCCUUUCUCUUUGCUUUCCUUGUUACUACUCUUGCCUUGUCCAUGGAUCGCUCAGCUGAUACACAAACCUGGGCCGCAUGCCACAAGGCACACUAUUCCCUACGUAGUGCACUACUUUUGGUCAAGACUUUGGUCAAAAGUAGUGCACUACACUCUAGGAAUAGGGUACCAUUUGUGAUGCAGGACCCGAAUGCGUUAUAAUCACAGUAGCAAUCUGGGCCAAUAGGGCUCUGGUCUACAGUAGUGCACUAUGUAGGGAAUAGGGUGCCAUAGGGCCCUGGUCUAAAGUAGUGCACUAUAUAGGGUGCCAUGUAGGAUACAACAAAUCGCACUCACAAUGUCAAAAUGUCUCUCUCUGUACAUAAGCUCCUCCACUGAAGUGUCUUGUUGUAUUUCAUAUUUAUUGAAACUGAUUUCACCUGAAGUUGUUCAUUUGAUUAAUUAAUAAGCAUCAAAUAUAGAUUUUCCUUUUUCAGCACUAAGUUAGGAGAAUGCUCUGUUUUUGUUGUAAAGUACGUAUGAAGCUUAAUUUACAGGGCAGAAUUAUAUUAAAAUAUACAAAUGAUUAUUCUUGUUGAUUGAGGGCUCUGGUCUAAAAUAGUGCACUAAAUAGGGAAUAGGGUGCCAUAGGGCUCGUCUCUAAAGUAGUGCACUAUGUAGGGAAUAGGGUGCCGUAGGGCUCUGGUCUAAAGUAGUGCACUAUGUAGGGAAUAGGGUGCCAUAGGGCUCUGGUCUAAAGUAGUGCACUAUGUAGGGAAUAGGGUGCCAUAGGGCUCUGGUCUAAAGUAGUGCACUAAGUAGGGAAUAGGUUGCCAUAGGGCUCUGGUCUAAAGUAGUGCACUAAGUAGGGAAUGGGGUGUCAUUUGGGACAUAUUGUGUUUCGUUUUGGAGAUGAUUCCAACAUUUGGAUGCUGCUAGAUGAUAGGUCUGUUGGUCUGUUGCUUUUUCAGGAUAAUAAUCUUUCUACAUUUAACAGUUUCAGGUUGCUUUGGUUUUCUAAAUAAAUGUAGUAUGAAAAUAAUGAAUAA